AUGAAGUCCAUCUUGGCGUUACCAUACUUUGUCGCUGGUGCUGUGGCUGGGAGUCUUGAUACAAGGCAGAGUGGCGACAGCAACUCGUGCCCACAGAUUCACAUCUUGGGCGCGCGAGAACCGACAGCGCCAGCGGGCUUUGGCUCUACACAGGGUAUCGUCCAGCUCUUGUUGGACCAAUUUCCCUCUUCGACGGCUGAGGCUAUCGAUUACCCGGCUGAAGGUGGUGAUGCAUAUGGGCGGAGCGUGACGGCGGGACUCAGGGCCCUACUGAAUCAAACGCAAGCCGUCAUGACAAGGUGCCCAGAGACCAAGCUUGUGCUCGUAGGGUACUCCAUGGGCGCCCAAAUCAUCGACGAUGCCAUGUGCGGCGGACCCGAUCCCCCGAGUCUCAUCACCGACAUGAUCCCCAUGUCUCCCGAGAUGGGCGAGAAAGUCGUUGCGACACUGUGGAUGGGCAACCCACGAUUCUUCAGCCCUUCACCCUAUAGCGUCGGAUCAGCUAAGCUCGGUGGCUUUGCGGCACGGGAGCAGGGCUUCGUGUGCGCCACCUACGCCGAGAGGAUCCAGUCCUACUGCGACGAAAGGGACCCCUACUGCUCCAAGGGUAGCAGCGACUUGACGCACCAGAACUAUGCUUACAAGUACGGGAGCUCGGCGUUGAACUUUGUCAAGGCAAGGGUCAUGGCGGAUGCGUCAGAUGUCGACAUGGCGUCGAACGAGAGCACUGCUGCGGCCACCGAGACCGAUUCCUCUGCGGAAGGGUGGGCGAGGCCGCGUUUGGUCUUAUCAAUGGCCCUCGGCAUGGGUGCAUUGGGUCUUGCUCUUUGA